AUGAAUGAAUAUGGCACCGUCAGUCGUGUCUCCCUGCCAUCGAGGCUGUCGGCAUCGAGGCUGAAACGCAAUUGGUUUCGACGGGGUAGUCUGAACAACUCCGCAACCGAAAAUUUGGAUGCUGCUGCUACAGUUUCGACAGGCGAUGCUGCGUUCAAGCAGAGCCUUGACACUCAACUCCUUGCCCAAGUCAAAGACACCAAGGAAGAGGUUGAAAGGCAGAUAGAUGACGCGAGAACGGCGUAUAUGAGCUGGCUUGAGGGGAGACAAACCGGCUCGAGGCGAUAUGGAACUGCGUUCCAGGUAUUUAUAACCCGGUUCUCUAACUUUCUCACAGCGUACUCGGGAAUCGUCGAAGUGGUCAAAAAUGCGAGUGCUCCAUACGGAAAUCUGGCCUAUGGAACGCUGUCGCUCCUCUUGAUUGUUGUGGUCAACAAGACGGGCAACGAUGAGAAGAUUGCAAAGGCACUCGCUGAAUUAGAGUAUUCAUUUCCACGCUUGAAUCUCCUCUCCGACAUCUAUCCAGAGCCGCAGAUUGAGAGGCUGGUAGCCGAGGCAUACAGAGAUAUGGUCGACUUUGCCAGGAAGGCUGUGUUGUACUACAUGAGUACAUCCAUGAGAUUGCUCGCGGCCGGAGACCCACAGCAAGAGCUCGAAUUCAAUAUGUCAAUCGAAGGUCUUCGGCGCAAACUUGUCGAAGUCAAUCUCGAGAGCACCGUUCUGCUUCACCGCAGAGCUAAACAUAUCGAAGAGCAGAAUGAAAAACUGCUGCGGGGAAACAAGGAACUCAAACAUCAGAUGAAAGUCAUAGAAGAUCUCAACAUCGAUCUGCGAUCACAGCUUGACCGUCUGCGGAGAACCCUCCACGAUGAACACGUGCAAAGAGACCGGAAAGAAUUGGCCAAGUUCCGGGCAUUGGUCAAUGUCCCGGAAGCAAGCGAUCACACAAACAUACAGUCCUGCAAGCGGACCCUCGGAGGAGCGUUCCCUGUGCUGGUGGGUGCGAAGCCUGGGAAAAUCGCACGGUGGUACUCGCAGUUGACCCCGGAUAUAUUGAACAACGAAGAAUCUUACCGCGUUUGGUUGGAUAGCGACCACUCCUGUUUGUUGGUCUUGGGCGGCACCAGCCUCAUGGAGGGUCGAUCCAACAUAAGUACGUGCUCCUGGCUGUCCCCAGCUGCCAUCUAUGUGGCAGAACACCAGCUUUCUGAAGACAGACACGUGGCAUUUUAUUGCUGCCAUCCACAGGUCCUCUCCGAGAGGUGUGGCGUCCAAGAAGCUAUCUUGAGCCUCGUGUGCCAAGUGAUAGGGUGGCAGCCUGACAUUUUGCGCCAAAAUCCGAGUUUCCUGUCUUUGGCACGAACAAUCUCCUGGAAGGAUGCCAGUGAUGAUGUUGUGAAUGCGAUAUUCAAACUGCUGAGCGACCUUCUUACCGAACUCCAUUUACAAGAGCCGGUGUACAUCAUUUUGGAUCGGGCGGACCAGUGUGAAUACCAGUCGUUCCAGCUGAUCCGGAAACUGAUGGAGGUGAUUCAGAAAGCACGGAGUAUGGUGAAGAUCAUGGUAGUGAUAGACUCGGCGCUCUGGGGAAUCGAUUCCUGGUUAUGCGACGGCUUAAAGGAAGACUCUGGUGGUUUUCUCGUGGGGAGAUGGGAUUGGAACCAGCAGCAGGUUGGAUUCCUUGAUCUCAUGAGCCUCCCCAACUAG